CGUCCUUUAUGUUUAGGAGAUUAUUGAAGUACCACAAGAGUAAAUAGCGAUUUUCUGAAACAGGGAAGAAGAGUCUGUCAUCGUAUAGGCAAGGCUUGUAACCGUGGCGUUUCUCAGGGGCAUACAUUGUGUUGUACUCACUGCAGAUUCUUGGGACCAACAUGAGAGCUGGAGGCUUCUUGAAGUUGGCUGCAUUGGUUUCUGUCUUUUUCCUGGCAGUUUUCCUUGCCUUCCAGCUGCUGGAAAUUAACAUGGACUUCAAUCUGGGGAAUGUGUUUGGGUCUAUGCCUGUAGAGGAAGGCCCUACCAGACUGGAACGCUACAAGUGUGGCCUCUCCAAGCCAUGUCCCGAGGGACACUUCUCCUUUAAGAUGGCCAGCGGAGCAGCCAGUGUUGUCGGUCCCAAAAUCUGUCUGGAGGACAACAUAUUGAUGAGUGGAGUCAAGAACAACGUGGGCAGAGGAAUUAACAUCGCCCUGGUUAACGGAAAGACAGGGGACCUCAUCAAGACAGACUACUUUGACAUGUGGGCGGGAGAUGUCAACACGCUCAUCACAUUCCUGAAGACUAUUGAAGAAGGAACAGUAGUGAUGAUGGCCACGUUUGAUGACUCGGCCUCCAAGCUGAACGACGAGUCCAGGAAGAUGAUUGGUGAACUUGGCAGUUCCAGCAUCAGCACAUUAGGUUUCAGGGACAACUGGAUCUUUGUGGGAGGCAAAGGGAUCAAGACCAAGAGUCCCUUUGAGCAGCACAUAAAGAACCAUGCCGAAACCAACAAGUACGAGGGCUGGCCCGAGGUGCUGGAGAUGGAAGGCUGCAUACCCCAAAGACAGGAGUGAUCUUUUCAUUUGAUCCCUCGACCGUUCCCUUCAUAGCCGACCCCUUCUCGCCUUUGGUUGCGUCUCCCAUUCUUCUCUUAAAAUAGUGUACUUGCACACUUUCCUAUGAUGGCUCUAACAAUGGUUGAACCUCCCUCCACCCAAUGCUAACACCAACGCAGUCUUGGCAUUUUAGAGACUGUCCCUCUGCGUUGCAGCUGUCAAUGUUUGCAGCAAUCGGUGUUUGACGUCAGGAAGCAUCCUUGUUUGUUUGUGUCAAGGUAUUGUCUAUAUAUAGAAAGAGGAAUGGUAUGGCAGAAAUUCCUGUUAUUGGUUAUUCUGCAGAAUGUACCAAGAUCACUGUGAAAUUUGUAAAUAGAAAUACAAAAAAAAGUAUCAAAGUUUUGAACAUCGAUAUUGUAAUAUAACAUCUUGGAAAGCUAUAUGGCUUAAGAUCCUUGUUACUUAAGAGUGAAUUUAUAUUAUAGCUUUUUAUCUUUAGUGAUGGGUCUUUUUUUAAAAAAAAUGUUUUUGUGUGGGUUGGGAGUGGAAUGAAUGAGGGAGCGUGUAGCUAAAUCACGUUAGUGGGGAUUUUGACUUGUGUGCAUCUUCCUUGGAUAGAAUGAGGAUCGUUGGUUUUGGAUGGGGUCAUGUACGUAUUGUUUCAGUAACAAUCUUAUCGAUAUUUUAGGGAAAUAUUUAGCUGAUUUGAUAAAUCACUUGGGAUUUUAUUGGCACCUUGACAGCCUUGGAAAAAACAUUCAAGAAAUAGAUUGAUACAGUACAAAGAUGACUAGGUUUUGAUUUUGUGGCUAGAUCUUACUUUCUCCAGUAUCUCUGGUUUACUUUAAAGACUACUAACUCUCUGCAUCACAUCUCUUCCACUUGGCUCUCCGAAAGCUUUGAUUUCCUCAUUGCGACUGACUUUUUUGUUCUUAUCAUAUAAUGCAAGAACUGCCUAGGCUGAAGCUCACAGCUUUUAGCUGAGUUACUGUUGGCUUUUGCAACAUUGCAUCAUGUCCCCCCUGGAUCUUCUUCAGUGAGCGGUCUCAGUACCACUACCACUGUUCAUUAGCUGUGGUCAUAUUAGCUACAAUUCAACCCAGCUGUCACUUUGUCACACUUGGAAUGGAGUAAGCUGGAUAUAUAACAAAUAAUACAUUUGACGUCUUAUUUAACUAAGCAAGUCGGUUAAUUAAGCACAAAUUCUUAUUUCUAUGGGACUCCCAAUCAGGACCAGUUGUGAUACCGUCUGGAAUGGAACCAGGGUAUCUAGUGACUCCUCAAGCGCUGAGAUUCAGUGCCUUAGACCGCUGCACCACUCGGGGACCCAUGGAUUGAUUCAGUGGAUUAAUUCCUGUUCUGUGCGUGAAGUUGAAUCCAUUGGGACAUUAUUGCAUAUGCAGUUAUGUCAUGUGCUUUAACUACGGUAGCACCUGGUGCUGAAAGUAGCACACGUUUCAGAGUGUAAUGUAAAACUCCUGUUGCGUUAAACAUCUCAGCUCGGUCCCCUAGUUGGUUCAAAGGAUAACUCUGUUUUUGGUCAAAUGGCAGGAAUACAAUCCUGUUUCUGUUUGCUUUUAGGGCAGUACAUGUAACCUAACACAAUGUGAUUGUGGAGGCUAUUCUGAAACCUGUUCCCCCAUCCACUUGUCUAUGGAGUCAUUGUAAUGAAGGAAUUCCCCUUUUGUCUCGACAUUGGCAAGAUAUUUAACACAAUGAAUGACAUCCUCUACAUUGCCUUUAAAAAAAAAGAUCAGUGUUCUGUUUUUUUGGUUUCAUUUGAAGACCUUGACUGAAGUGAAAAGCCCAAAUCGAUACCCCAUCGUUGCCAUUCCAACAACAAGUGUGUCCUUCCUGCUCUUAAUGGGAUUCAUCCCACCAAUGUGCCUUGUCUGACUUACAAAUCCAUAGACAGUCUAUGUAAUAUUCAUUAUUUCUGCAUCUCUACUAAACUACUGAUUUUGUUAAUCAAUCAUGUUGUUGCAAGGAAGUUAAAUGGGGAACAACUCUGAUUAUUGUGACACAUUUUGUUGCAAUGUCUUACAUCUGUGUCGUGAAACAUUUCAAACAACUUCCCAUUCAUGAAUAUGAUUAAUAAAGCUCAACCUGUC